UCUAUUGUUUCAGUUCUGCCAUAUGAUUGGUUUUCACUGUCUGGGUGGCCCCGGUUUCAGUAAACGCACAGUAAUCAGAAUGUACUACAGACCGCUAAACAUGGAAGAACAUUCAAGAAGUACAACUCAUAAGUCCAUCCAAGGAUGUAUUUUGGUGACAAUGAACGUUCUUGCCAUUUGUGGGAACAGCUUCGUUUGCUGGGCGGUCUACAGAAAGCGAAAGAAUCUGACCGUUCCAUACUUGUAUGUUUUAGCGCUUGCUGUCUCAGACCUCAUGGUAGCGAUCUGUUGCUUUCCGUUCUGCAUUCAGGCCUUUCUUGAAGAUGGCUGGAUUCACGGUUAUGACUUGUGCCAAUUCAACGGCUUUCUUAUCUACUACUGGGGCGGAAUUUCUGUUCCAACGCUUGCUUUAACCGCAGUCAACCGGUAUUUUCGCAUGGUAAAAGCGCACAUAUACCCCAACUACUUCACGAUAAAGUCAAGUGUCUUCAUGAUAUUAGCGGUGUGGGUCUUAACGCUUUUUGACGGUUUCUUAUCGACUUUCGUUGGACCAGUAAUAUACGAGUACGACGCACGAUUCUUCUUCUGUAUUGGAACUUUUUCCAGCAAGAAGCAUGAGAGAGCGAUUGGUAUCUCACUACAUUUAAUCCACGUAUUUAUUCCACUAAUCAUUAUUGUCUAUUGCUAUGCGAACGUUUUCAGGACAGUACGGCAGCAUAAUGCUAACGUUGGGCCAUCGCUUCGCGCAGGACAGCGGAGACAAGUUGCGAUGAACGCGUGGGAAUUACGUGUGACAAAGCUACUGUUUUUGGUAGUCCUUGGUUUCUUUGUGUGUUGGAUCCCUGUCAUAAUCAUUGGCAUUUUAGCCCAUUCAUCGACCGUGAAGUUGCCCGAUUUCGCGCCUGAGUUGUACACAGUGUUGGCAUUUACUUCAGCAGUUAUUAACCCCUUGAUAUACGGGGUGGCAAAUCGAGACUUUCGGCGGGAAUUUCUGGGCUCUUUUCAGUGUAGAUAAUUUGUUGUGGUAGUACUAGAAUGUGGAGUUUAUUUUAAACGACUUGGAAGUAUUAUGUAAAAUUUAAUUUUUAAUCUGUCGAGGGUUUACGCCGUUGUCUGCAAGGAAAUAAUGGUAAUGGUGGACCGCAAGAAAAAGCAUCUCUGGUUAAGAAAAAAAAAUAAUGUUCUUACCGCUGCUUGUGACUUUAAAAAAAUAUGGUUUUUAUAUAUAAUAUCUCUAAUGUGUAGACAGUAACGUUAAUUUUGCAACGUUUAAGGUAUCUUGCAAUAAUAAUUUAGGUUGUAAUUCAUAACAUGGUUGCUUGACCUCAACCAUGGACGGUAACUCGUUUUGUUUAGUCCCUUGCAUGGAGCUUCUCCAUAGAAUUAAGUGCUAAUAAAUCAUAAAACAGACUAUAGUAAGAUCUAGAAGACAGUCUAAGAAAAGAAAGGUAAAAAAAAAAACAUAAAAAAUCGCCUACGGAUGGCAUGUCUCCGGUAAACAGUAACAGGAUAUUAGACGAUGUAAAUUUCCUUACCCGUGUUUAAAAAAGACACAAAGAAUCUGACAAGGCUGGUAAAACAGAACAUAUAUUAAUAUUGACAACUGGCAUCGAGAGCAUGUAUGUAACAGGGAAUCGACACUGACAUUUUACAACAUCUGUAGCUCAAAUGACAACCGGCCUGUCUGUUUGCCCAUUGAAGGCUCUGUGGGAACCAAUUGAAAUCAACGGCUCUAUGACAACCAAGCCAAGACCGCCCGGUCAUGUUAAAAUUGAAAAGUUAGCGUUUCUCUGUGAAUAUAACUAAUUUAAACAUUAAGAGUCAUCGAAAAAUGCUGAGUAAAGGUUAAGUGUAAUUAUCCUCAAGUAAUUUCAGAAAUUUCUAGAGACACGAAAAAACGGACAACGGCAAUUAGGGCAACCUGCACCAUGUCAUAUGCGAGGCUCUAUAUAACUAGCCAAACGGAACACUACGGAUAAAAACUACUGCGGGUUCACGCUGUUAUUAUAUUUAAGUUUCCAACUUAAUAAUUUUUACGAAGAAGGUGAAGAUGUACCACACGGAAACAACUCAUUAACCUAAAAUUCAUGGCUGUAAAUUAAUGAAAAAAGAAUAAAGUUUUGUUGUUGUUGUUCAGUUGUAAAGCCGAACACAACAUGCCCUCAGUCCUAAGAACAAAUGAGGUGCAGUUUAACGACAGCGAAUGAAAAUAGAGGGUUUCAAGUGGUGGAAAGUAACUGCGGAAAUUUAGUGCAAAUGCUGACUAAACUACAAGUGAUAUUAAUUAUGCCAUAUCUUAGAUGUUUAUAACUUAAAUGGCGAAAUUAACAUGAACAUGACAUGCACAUAUUGGGGAUCUUCGACCAUCUGCGAAACACUAUUAUGCCGGAAACAACUGCCGACGUUCGAAAAUCGUUGGAAAAUCUUUGGAGAAAUCUUUGAGGAGCCCUCACUGAAUCUCCAAGAGUCUUCAAACAAACGUUCAAUGGAACAUAGGUUCUCUGGUAAUGUUUAGGAUUUGUCGGUCGGAUUUUUGCCCCCCCAAAACGAAGAUUUGAGAGUUCAGUCAUCGUGCCUGCUAUGUUGCAAGUAUAGAAAAUGCCAGAAAUGAAUUCACGCGAAAAGGCCAUUUUGUUUCGCCUUCAGGUUCAUUUGCAUGAAAAUCGAUUUCAUUUUCAUAUGAAAUGUUUUGCACGGUGACUCGCUUUGAAACA